AAAAAAAAAAAAAAAAAAAAAAAGACGGCCUUGCCUUCCUCAGAAGAUACGAUUCAUAUGUUCGAUGGUACACAGGGAGUCGCGACUUUGUCGACUGUACCGAUAUCAGCAGGCCGAUGAAUCGAAAAAACUCCACGCUUCUACCGACAUCUUCCACCCAUCAUGAAUGUUUAUGAAUUGAACACAAAAGCCAGCUAUCUGGAAUAUCAUUCAUACGCACUGUUUGUACCCAUUAAUUGUUAUUCUGUUGCCAUUACUCAAAAUUCGUAUCAUGGAGUCCAUGGGAGAUCUUGCGGCGGCCUUACCAGGUAAUGAAGAUACCGAGGUACAUGACUUUCUACUCAGACUACGACAAGCAUACGAGUCAGAUAUGCCGUUGUAUCCUCUUCAUCAUAUUCAAGAGCUGUUAGAUUUCGCUGCCUACCACAAGUCAUGUCCCUACGGUCUUGACCCAUCCUAUAUCGGUAUUGACUUUUUUGGUGAUAAGAAGCGCUUCACCUUCUCUGAAUCGGCAUUGCAAUAUGCAACCUUAGAUCUUUCGUCCAUCCAAUGGCUAAUCUGCAUGCCAUACCUUUGCAGCGACUCUAGAAACAUUCUUACGAGAGCCUUCUCACUUCGUCCCAUGGAUUACGGCGACUUAUUGGGUCCGAGUAUCCCGCAGAGUAACCGGACGCGGUGCUUUCAAAGACGGUUGACAGAUGCCCAACAGAUAUGGAAGCAAUCGAAGAUUAGGUCUAGGAUUGAAGGCUCUAUCCACAGAGCAUUGCGUCAUUGUUAUGUUCGCAGCCAUCAGCCAUUUACCAAGAUCCUAGCCAUAGGAUUAGGGUACCAUGACCCUUAUGGAUGGGUAUUUGGACAACAGCAUGCUUUCGUCUUAGAUCUCAGCCAUAAGUUACAGGGCCCAGAACCAAAUCUUCCCGAGGUGGAGGUAGUCUUUCAGGACCAUACUUACUGCGAUAUUAAUAUGAAAACUGCCUUGGAAAUGCUAGGGCCCUCGAUCAAGGUCAUUAGAGAUAAGAACUUUCGCCACGUAUUCAGUUUUGACGACAGCACUUUAAUAAUAGCGCUGAAUCACCUUAAGUUUCCGCUAAAAGAGAUCAUCGCUGAUUACGCGACCAUUAUCGGGCCGCACAUGCGUAUGCCUAGAGCCAUUAUCUGGGAGCAGGGCGUUCCGAUUACCUGGGAAGAAAUGGAGGGGCUAGCCAGUCGUUUGAAUGCGAAUCCCGAGAAACAGUGCGAACUCGAAUUCCGUCAAGAUUCUCCCCGAACCAACAGACUAGAGGCGCUGUAUGACAAAUUGGAAUUCCCUGCGUCGCAGAAAGAAGAUGAUGAGGAUAAUCCGUUUCAAGCAAAUAACAAACUUACUCUGUACAUGCGGAAAGAAUAACAGACGACUGAAUAGGUCUAUUACAUAUCAACAACAUCGAUCACGGCACCAACGGAUACCAGAACUCUUUGAGCCUAAUGGGGACUGAGGUGGAACCAAGGAUAGAGAGUGCUGUGCGUGUAUUUUAACACUUUGGUAGCACAGCCUGAAGAGCAGUGUUAAGAAUAUAGCUUAUUCGAACUAAGGCUUAGUCUCUCGAAGUGAGAAAAUCGUUCCCGAGUAGUAUUCUUCAUACAUACCCCUUACAGUGACCACUGAGGUGUGGCAGAAUUAAUAAUAAG